UUAGCUAUGGCGGAUGAUGAGCAGACAGAUGAGGAAAUAACAGGCGCCGAGCAUGGGUUGCUGAUUGCACUUAAGACGACUAUCGAGGGUUUAUUGGCGACACACAGCAUCAAUGUGUGGAACACAUACGGGGGCCUGAACCGAGUGUGUCAGUGUGUGGAGAACAUUUUGAGACAUGGACUAAAGUCACUACAGGACCACUCUGUUCCGAAUGGCGACUUCUGGCCGUUUGUUAGAGGCUUGAAAUGGAUCAAUCCUGUUCUGGCUCCGAGCAUCGAGCGAAUCAGUCGCCUGUCUCAGGGGUGUGACGAGGACUCUAAAGGUCGGUCGUGGCUCAGGGAGAGUUUAUUCGACCACGCACUAUCCGAGCAGCUCAGACUGUUGUCUAGCAACCAGCAACACCUAGCAACACACUAUCGAGAAAAAGCUUUCCUGCGAUGUCCUGCCUAUCUUCAGUCUAUGAUCAUAUGUCUAAAGGCCAUAGAACAGAACAAGGUUGCCUUGCUAGCAGACAUCGACCCAACUCUGCUGAGUCAAAAAUGUAAGAAGCGUUGUCACGCCCGCAGUGCGUCACUCCCGAUAAAUAACGUUUCCCGUAACCACACGAUGAGGACGCGCGACAGAGGUGACAUGUAUGCACUGGCCCCGCCCUUCUCGUCGCCGAACAGCUGCGAAUCUGUCCUGUGUACGUCCGAUGAGCAUGCAGUGCCAGUCAAUAUAGGCUCCAGUCCCGAUGAGUCGAGGAAUACAGCCAAGCAUGCUCUUCGAACAGUUCUGAACAAGUCAGGAGGGGAGUCACUUCCCCUGUCGCGAACAACACCGUCUUUCAGUUUCUACGAUCGAAUUCACAGCGAUCCUCUACUCAACAUGGAGUUCGUUCCAAGCCCUCCCGGGCAGGAGAAACCACUAUCCAUAUUACAAGAAAAUGAUACAAAAUAUACCGACACCACAUCAAAGAAAAAGAAGACAAUUAGUAGAUCUCAGUCUUAUGGGCAUUCUAGUUCCACGCUGAUCAAUAAGAAUGGAAAUUCGUACUCGCUGGUUUCUGAAAAAAGGGGUUUGAAUAUUUCAAACAAUUCUGAUGACGUGACAGACAGUGUUCCCAAUUAUGCGAGUGUUGCGAAGACGAGAAUGGCCAAUCAAGGCAUGGGACACAAACGGUCUCAAUCAGACAUGAGUCCGACCAAUCAUGGAGGCAGCAGUGGUACUAACAUCCAAUCGCAUUCGAAGUUAGCACAAGCAGCCUCGUUUCCAUCUGUACCUCAGUCAAUAAAAAGAGUGCCCAGUCAGCGAUGUGAAGGUCUGUUGCUGCCUCCUGCUCAGGGACAGUCUCUACGGAGUUAUCUUUCCUCUCAGGACUUCCACACUUGUGCUAAUCUCGAUAAGGAGAAUGCCCACUUCAGUAUUUCGGAGGCGCUGAUCGCAGCGAUAGAGCAGAUGAAGUGGAAUCAUAUUAUCUCCCCUUCCCAGCCCGGCAUCGACCCUGACGAGGACUCGGAUGAAGAGAUUCAGCAGCUAAAACAAAGAAUCAGAAUUCGGCGACGCGAGAGGAUGAAAGAGAGAGCCCGAGGCUUCCCAGCAUGCAGUGAUGGCAAAACAGACACCACGGCAACCAGCACUUCCUCCUCUCUGGGCACUUCGCAUGACUUGUUGUCUUUUUCAGACAGUUCCAAUUCUAGUGAUGAAUUUGAUGAUUUUGAAAUUUCACUGUCGGAAAGUAUCGGUGACGAGCGGUCUAACUUGUUUAAGAUGAGUUCCGGUGGUCUGUCCCUUUCCAUGGCUUCUCUUUACUCUGAUGCUGAACUGCGCAAAUCUAAUGCAGCAACAGAUAAACCAAUCGUUGUACCCGACAAUAUGGGAUCAGCCGACACGGUGGCCAUUUCUCUUCUGAAGAAGUUUUCCGAGAAGCAGCUGCCGAAGGCGUCUGACCUGGAGUGGCUGGUGUCGGAGCAGGACGCCCCUCAGGCAUUAUUGCCGUUGCCGAACUCCUAUCCUGUGUCACCGGAUGAUGGCGAAAAUGCCGAUCUGCUUAUGUCAGGAACAAUGACACGAUUAAGAGGGAACCUUGAAUGGGCCCCACCAAGAGCACAGAUUAUAUUCAACAUACACCCAGCACCAAAGAGAGCUGUGGUACUAGCCAGACAAAACUACAGAUGUGCUGGGUGCGGCAUGAAAGUUGAGCCAGCUUACAUGAAAAGAUUUCGAUACUGUGAAUACCUUGGCAAAUACUUCUGUCAGUGUUGUCAUGGAAAUGCCAUUGAUCAUAUACCGGGUCGGAUCCUACAGAAGUGGGACUUCACCAAGUAUUACGUAUCGAAUUUCUCGCGAGACCUGCUGGCGAGGAUACAGGGCGACCCGCUGUUCAGCAUACAGGACAUAAACCCGGUAUUGUACCGGCGGGUGAAGAACCUCGAACGCGUGCGAGACUGUAGGAAGCAGCUUCAUUACUUGAAAAGUUUCAUUAAGAUAUGCAAAAGUGCUAGCAGAUUAUAUGAAGAAAUGGAUAAAUUACCCAGACAUUGGUUUGAUGAUGUGAACAUGUUUUCAUUACAAGAUCUCUUACAGGUAAAGAAUGGCGAGAUGGUCUCUAGGAUGCAGAUUGUGGUUUCCCACGCCGUCCGACACAUCAAGGACUGUGAGUUCUGUCAGGGUCUCGGGUUCAUCUGUGAAAUCUGUCACAACAACAAGGUCAUCUACCCAUUCCAGCUCCACAGUGUUUCCGUCUGCUCAGGUUGCCAUGCAACGUUUCACAGACAAUGCUUUGAUCCUGGCAAGUGUCCCAAAUGUGUAAGAAUUGAAGCCAGAAAACGAACGGCGGACGUUGAAUUGUCAUCAUCUCCAGAUUCAGGGGAGACAACUACCAUAGUAACAAUAGCAGAACCUUCCAUCUGUAGAAUUGAGGAACAAACGGAGGACCACGAUUCCUGACCCCAGACGCUCGUCUCCUAGGCAACCUGCUGGUGUUCACUUUCAGUUGGAAUAGUUAAUAAUUACACAGAUGAAAAUUGUCAAGAUUUUCCCAGAGUUUAGUGCUACUUUAAAACUGUUCGUAUCUGGAUUUUAGUGCCACCCCAAAACUGUUCCUGGCUGAAUUUUAGUGCUUCCCAAAAACUGUUCUAGUCUGGAUUUUAGUGCCACCCAAAAACUUUUCAUGUCUGAAGUUUAGCGCCACCCAAAAACUGUUUAUGUCUGAAGUUUAGUGCUACCCCAAAACUGUUCAUGUCUGAAGUUUAGUGUUACUCCAAAACUGUUCCUGUUUUCCAUAAACACACUAUUUGUUUUAAGCCUGAUAAAUGUAGACUUCAGAACUUAAAACUGGAGUUGUGCCUCAUUGCAUAUAAUAAUACUAAUGGGAGAUUUGUAACAAGCUGUACUCACAUGCGCUGGAUCUGGCCUCUGUGGUGUUGUGGUUAAGCCAUUGGACAUAAGACUGUUAGGUACUGGGUUCACAGCCUGGUACCGGCCCCCACCCAGAGCUAUUUUUAACGACCGGUGGGUAAGUGUAAGACCACUACACCUUCUUCUUUCUCACUAAUCACUACCAACUAACCCACUGUCCUGUACAGACAGCCCAGAUAGCUGAGGUGUUUGCCCAGGACAGCGUGCUUGAACCUUAAUUGGAUAUAAGCACAAAAAUCAUUUGAAAUGAAACGUGCUGGAGGGUUGGAUAUAGCUUGGUGGUAAAGCUCAAUUGACCUACAAUAGGUCAUUAUGAUCUAUUUCCUUCAUAGGACUAGUGUUUUUCCCAUUCCAGCCAGUACUCUACAAAUUGUACAUCAAAGGCUGUGGUAUGUACUGUCUUGUCCUCUGGAAAGCUCAUAUAAAAGAUCCUUUGCUGCUUUUAAUUAGUAGUAGUAGUAGCCUAUGUGGUGGAAACGGGUUUCCUCUCUACCAAGUAUUAAAAUAACCAUAUAUAUGUUACAUAUGUUACAUGUACAUAAGAAAUACUGGUGAUUAAAAAUGUGGAUGUUAACAAAUACUCCUUUCUUUUCCUCAUUGGUGCAGCACUCGAAUGAGAAGUGAAUGUUUAUUCAUUAUGUUAUUUAUUAUUCCAACCAGUACUCCACCACUGGUAUAUCAAUGUCUGUGGUAUGUGUUGUCCUGUCUGGGCAUAUAUAUAUAUAACAGAUUCAGUCGGAUCAUUUUAAUUCUGAACAGGAUGUUCACUGGUUCAGAAAAGACAUUGUACAUAGAGAAUAACUGGUUACUGUCUUAAGAUAUCUGGUGUAUCCUGCAGAGGCUAGAAUAGCAAAUCAAUCAAUCAAGUUUUUGUGAGAGAAUGAGAAAAUUUAUGAAAUUUUAGGGAAGUAUCGGGAAUUAUUUUAUACUGAAGAAUAGUACGUUGUCUGGUUUUUGUGGGGUUUUUUCAUUGGAAGUAUAAUGGUGUAUUUGAAUAAUACAGCUGUAGUGAUUUCCCAAGAAUUUUACACGGCAUGGUAGACCAAACACUUUUAUGGCAUUUUUACCAUUUUCGGGGCACUUGUUUUUCAUUAAAAAUACACAAAAAUUAAUUGAAAUAAACAUUAAUGUAAUUUAUGUGCUUGCUUAAAUGCA